AGAAAGCACUUGCCUUCCGUCAAGCAGUAACUGUGAUACUGAACAAUGCAAUAUAAAGUCUAAUUUUAAUUUGAUAAGUUGUGAUAAUACAAAUGACAGUGAUAAUAUUAAAGAUUCUGCGCAUUUGACUGCAGAUGCUCCUUGUAUCGAUGAGAAUCUUAAUACAUUAGUUGUUAGUAACAAUAUUGAGAAAAGCGAUUCUCCAACAACUGUCAAUUCCAAUGCUACUUUAAAUGUUGAUGCAUCAUAUGUGACAUUUGAAAUCGAAGAAGGCACUUGCGUUCCAUCAAGCAGUAACUGUGAUACUGAACAGUGCAAUAUAAAGUCUGAUUUUAAUUUGAUAAGUUGUGAUAAUACAAAUGACAGUGAUAAUAUUAAAGAUUCUGCGCAUUUGACUGUAGAUGCUCCUUGUAUCGAUGAGAAUCUUAAUACAUUAGUUGUUAGUAACAAUAUUGAGAAAAGCGAUUCUCCAACAACUGUCAAUUCCAAUGCUAUUUUAAAUGUUGAUGCAUCAUAUGUGACAUUUGAAAUCGAAGAAGGCACUUGCGUUCCAUCAAGCAGUAACUGUGAUACUGAACAGUGCAAUAUAAAGUCUGAUUUUAAUUUGAUAAGUUGUGAUAAUACAAAUGACAGUGAUAAUAUUGAAGAUUCUGCGCAUUUGACUGUAGAUCCUCCUUGUAUCGAUGAGAAUUUUAAUACAUUAAUUGUUAGUAACACUAUUGAGAUAAGCGAUUCUUUGCCAGCUAUUAAUUCUAAUGCUACGUUCAGUAUUGAUACAGCAAAUGUGAAUUACGAUAUCGAAAAUGUUUCGACAAUAACUAAGAUUUCGGAUGUUAAACAGAGCGUUCAAUGUUGUAAUAAAUUUUAUUCUACUUCUAAAAUAUGUGAAAAUGCGAAUGUUAUUGAGAAAUUUAGAAAAACUAAAAAACCUAAAAAAACUCCGAAGAUUCUAGAAAUACAAAAUGUUAAGAUAUUACUAAAGAAGAUUCCAGUGCACACAGAGAAAGUUGAUAAUAUUACAAAUAGUAUACAGAUGAAUAAUACGUAUAAUAUCGAUAAUAGUGAUGUUUCUUCAAAUGCAAACGGGACUUACGUUAUCGAUAAUAUUUCAAGUGAAACAUCUUGUCCAGUUGCAGAAUCUACACUCAUAGAGAAUCAGUUAGACUUAGAGUGUGAAAUCCAUAAUAAUAAUUCUGAGUCUGAUGAUACAUCCAUUACAUCUAAAAAUAAUUUAGAUAGUAGUUUUCAUUUGUCAGAUUGUUCUAAGCUUGAAGACACAGAUGAAGAUGAAGAUGAAAAUGAAACUAAAAAUACACAUGAACGUACGAUUAAUACAAGUAAAAAUAAAUCUGUGAACAGGACAUUAAAUUUGACAUCAACAUUUUCAUCUGAAGUAUGUGAUGAUAGAAAUAUGUAUGUGGAAACUUCCAAUAAUCCUAAAUUAAAACAAAAUAUGUGCGUAUAUUGUGAAAAAUUUCAAGCGCAAAUUGCAAGACAUUUAGAAACAGUACAUAAAGAAGAAGAAGAUGUGAAAAAGUUUCGUCUUUUACCUAAGGGUAAUCCGGAACGAAAGAAGAUUAUUGGUCUACUUAGACGAAAAGGAAAUUUCAUAUAUAAUACUAAUUCUAACUUAAAUAAAGGAGAUUUAAUUGUAUGCCGGCGUCCAAGAAAUGAAUUGAAUAGACAAGCAGCCGAUUUUAUUCCUUGUGCUAAAUGCAAAGGGUUUUUUUCUAAAAAUAAUAUAAGACAUCAUUUUGCAUCAUGUGCGCCAAAAAGGGAAUAUCCUCAAAGAAAUGUUAAAAUAUUGGGACGUACUGUGGCUUGUCGAAUUCAUUACAGUGCAAAUACACCAUUAAGAAGAUUGGUGUUCCCAGUAAUGAGGGAAGACAGCGUAACUCAAAUUAUUAGAUAUGAUGAACUGCUAAUUGCUUUUGGCAAUAAAAUGUGUCAGAAGUAUCGUCUCCAACAUCAGCACGAUAUGAUUAGAGCGCGACUGAGAUUACUUGGACGAUUUCUUAUUGUUUUGAGAGAUCUUGAUAAUAGUAUAGUAGAUUUCUCUUCAAUAUAUAAUCCAACAAAUUAUGAACAAUGCAUUAAAGCUGUAAAUAAACUUGCACAAUUCGAUGAAAAGACUUGGACAUAUAAAAUACCAUCUAUUGCAACAUCUUUAGGAACACUUAUAAAACAAAUUGGGAAACUUUUAAGAAGUAUAUGCAUUAAGAAACAAGAUUGUAGCAAACAAACUGUGGUAGAAAAUUUUUUGAAAUUAUUUGAAGAGGAUUAUCCUGUUGCUGUAAAUAAAAUUGUGUUUGAAACUCAAGGGCAUCGAAAAAGGCAAAAGAAUAUUGUCUUGCCAUCUAUAGAUGAUAUAAAAAUAUUCAAUGCUUAUCUCAAAGCUGAACGCAUAAAAGCUCUAGAAUCUUUACAAACAAAUGGUUUCUCAAUUCACGCAUGGCGUAUGUUAACUGAAAUAACAUUAAUAUCGAUUAUGAUAUUUAAUAGAAGACGUGCUGGUGAACUGGAGCGUGUUUUAAUUGAAAAUUUGGAAAAUUGUGCGGCAAUUUCAAAAGAAGAAGCACCUGAAUUAUAUAAAUCUUUAUCUAAAUAUGUACGGAUGACAAUACGCGGCAAAUUAGGGAGAACGGUUCCUGUGUUACUCCAUGAAGAAAUAUUAAAAUGUAUGCAAAUGAUUAUUAAUUAUCGUAAAGAUGCUGGCGUACCCGAAAAUAAUCCUUAUAUUUUUGGUAUAUAUUCACUCGACAAAAGAAGAUUCAAAUAUUUGAGAGCAUGUGUAUUAAUGCGAAAAUAUUCUGUAAUUUCUGGGGCAAAAAUGCCAACUUCGUUACGAGGUACAAUAUUGCGGAAACAUAUUGCUACAGUAUGUAUGUCAUUAGAUAUAUCUGAACAUGAAGUGAAUAAUCUAGCUGAUUUCAUGGGCCAUCACGAAAAAAUACAUAAAUCGCACUACAGACAGUCAAUCGUAACAAAAGAUUUGGCUAUAUCACGUUUACUCAAAUACGCACAAGGAGGAGACACAACAGAUGAAAGUGAUAAUGUUGAUGAUGAAAAUGAAAACAGGGAUGAUUCGAUUAAUAAUGAUAACUCAAAUUUAAGUUUAAAUACUUCUGAUACUUUAUCAUUAAUACAAACGAGAUCAUCUAAACUGCCACUGUUCGAAAAUCGAACGAUGCCACAAGAAAGAAAACCAAAAACAAGUGAGUCAGUUCUGCAAGCACAGGAACAAAAUAAACAAAAUAAGGAAACAUCAGUAGAGAUUGGCGAAGAAAAUCAAGAAGUCGAAACCACCAUGGAGAAACAGGAUAACAUGGACCAAGCAGUACAAAAACCAAUCGAAUCGAUAAGCGAAUUCGUAGCAAGAUUAAAAGACUUAUCGUUAAACUGCAAUUUUGAUAAGCCAGAUAAUGCUCUCUGUGAUAGAUUCAUCUGCGGCGUUGAGGACCAGGAAACACGGAUUGCGCUCUUCAGCGAACAGAAUCUCACCUUUUCCAAGGCGCUGAAGAUUGCAAAAACCAAAGAAGCAGCUGUAAAAAGUGCCAACAAGAGCCAGAAGCAAUCCGGGCCCAGCGACAUCCAACACAUGGGACAUCAGCAGCAGCGAGGCGGAAAGAAAACAACUUCGUACGGCACUAAGCGGGCAGAAGCAAAAUACAGCGUCGACGCUCAUUCCAAAUGGCCUAUUGUAGUUAACAUGAAAAACGACACUACUGCGAAAAGUUUGAUUAAAGAGCUAGAUACGAUUUUUGUUGAUAAAGACUAUCCUAAUCACAUAGUUAGCGACAAUGGAACACAAUUUACAAACUUCUCUGUAAACAGAUUUCUAGCAGAUUACCGUAACACACCACACUGUUCUACAAAUGUAGUACCAGCCCAAUUAAUGUACAAGCGACAACUAAAAACUAGAUUUGAUCUGCUUAAAUGCGACACACGACGAACAGUAGAAGACAAUCAAUUUAUUCAACAACGCACUACACAUGGUAAGAGGUGUAUAGAACUCCAAAAAGGCGAUAUUGUAUAUGCUAAAGACUAUCGUAAAGAUACUCUUGAUAACGCACAAGCGACUAUAGUCAAACAAUUGUCACCAAGUAUGUACACGAUACAGUUCGCAGACGGUUUCACAACUAAACGCCAUGCAAAUCAAAUUACGCAACUUUUCACUCUUAUCGUAUUUAUGGAGGAUAUGCCUAUUAUGAUCAAAAAAGCCGACAACAAACUCAAACGACUGACUCUCGAGGCUCUUCUCGAUCGCCAGUAUGAGCUUUUCGGCCUCAUCGCUCGCGCUUGCGAGAAUCUACAAGAGCUCGGUCUUUCUAAGACCACCCGUGGUACUGUACAAAGUCGCUUAGCGAGUUUAAAAUCGAAUUGGGAAAAAUUCCAAGCGUUACACAAAAACUUAUACAAGCUGAGAUCGCCAGAAUUUAAAAAGCUGGACUAUUAUGUCGAUAAGGUUUAUGAGCAAUGCGACGAAAAAUUUGUCGAAGCCCAGGGCACAAUGCUCACUAUCUCCUCGACAGUUUUGAACCACCAGCUCAACAGAAUAUAA